AGGCUAUAAGACAGCCCCGCCCCACAAGCUGCAAUAACAGCUUUAGCAUGUAGGCUGUUUACACAAUCAGUGGCUCUCUAUAAAGGGUUAGACCUUCAGUCAGUUGCAGAAGACAUAGUUAAACAUUUUCUUUCGUGGAGCAUUAUGGAGUUCUCUGUCACGUUGAUUUCAGCAGGGCUAACGUUACUCAUUGCUUUGGUGUGGUUGUUCAGUCAGAAGAGCAGUAAGCAGUUACCCCCAGGACCCACUGGCCUGCCUAUCAUAGGAAACCUUCUACAGCUGGACAAAAGAGCUCCAUUCAAAACUCUGGUAAAGCUAAGUGAAAGCUAUGGCCCUGUGAUAACUGUGUACCUGGGGCUUCAGCGCACUGUGGUGCUGGUGGGGUAUGAUGCGGUGAAGGAGGCACUGGUGGACCAAGCAGAUGACUUCACUGGCAGAGGACCUAUUCCUUUACUGCUCAGAGCUACAAAGGGCUAUGGUUUGGGGAUCAGUAAUGGAGAGCGGUGGAAGCAGUUGCGACGUUUCACCCUGACAACACUUAGAGACUUUGGGAUGGGACGCAAGGGGAUGGAAGCGUGGAUCCAGGAGGAGAGCAAACACAUGGUGGCCCGCAUAAAUAGUACCAAAGCCACACCUUUUGAUCCCACCUACUUCAUGAGCUGCACCGUGUCCAAUGUGAUCUGCUGCUUAGUGUUUGGUCAACGCUUCAACUAUGACGAUGACAACUUCCUCCGUAUUCUGCAGACAAUUUCAGAAAUCCUGAAGUUUGGCAGCAGUCCCUGGGGUCAGCUGUAUAAUAUCUUCCCUCGGUUGAUGGAGUGGCUACCAGGUCAACAGCACACAAUAUUUGCCGAAGUUGAAGACCUGAGAGACUUUAUGAUGAGAAGGAUCCAGGAACACCAGGACACGCUGAACCCCAGCUCACCCAGAGAUUACAUCGACUGCUUUCUCACUAGACUCAGUCAGGAAAAGCAUAUUCCCACAACUGAGUUUCACUAUGACAAUUUGGUGUCAACAGUGUUGAAUCUGUUCCUGGCAGGAACUGAAACCACCAGCUCAACUAUCAGAUAUGCACUAAGUGUACUGAUAAAAUACCCCAAAAUACAGGAGACCAUGCAAAAGGAGAUUGACACUGUGAUUGGACAGGGGUGUUGUCCUUAUAUGGAGGACAGGAAGUCCCUCCCCUUUACAGAUGCAGUCCUCCAUGAAAUUCAGCGUUUUCUGGACAUUGCCCCUAUGAGCUUCCCUCACUAUGCACUCCGUGACAUCUCUUUUCGGGGUUACACAAUUCCCAAGAAUACAAUAAUUGUUCCCUUGUUGCACUCUUUGCUGAAAACGGAAAAACACUGGGCGACCCCUUGGUCCUUCAAUCCCCAGCACUUCCUGGACCAGAAUGGCAACUUUAAGAACAAUCCUGCAUUCCUGCCAUUCUCUGCAGGAAAGAGAUCUUGUGUCGGAGAGUCCCUCGCUCGCAUGGAGAUUUUCCUCUUCAUGGUGUCACUUCUGCAGCAUUUCACCUUUUCUUGCCCUGGAGGACCUGACAGUGUAGAUCUCAGCCCUGAGAACAGCAGCUUCGCCAAUGUGCCUCGCAAUUACAAGAUCAUUGCAACACCCCGGGGUUAAUGAGAUUUUACAGCAUACUCAUGUGUUUUCAUAUUUUCUUCUAGCCUUCAAACUCCCAAAAUCCCAAAUGGAUCAUUUGAUUCUAAAGUACCUCAUUUUGUGAGUAGAUCAAGAAAAUUGAUUUCUUUCUCCUGGCCAUGUUUACUUCUGGCCAUGUCUUCUCAGAGCCCACAGGGGCAUCUGUUGGCAAAUAACCUCACAAUGUAAAAACUGAGAGGCCAUUGAUGGUGCUGCAGGCCUGUUAAAAAAUUACACUUUUAAUGGUGAAGAUAAUGUCUACUGGUUUUCCAAGAAUUUCCAUGUACCCAACUGACUUUCUAAAAUAUUUUUGUCACACAAAUGCUCACACCAGUACAGUACACACAGAUAUCUGCAUUUGAAAGAGGAGAGAACUGUUUUUGUAAUUUCCUGGACUCCUGUUGAGACAAUAUUUUAAAAACAGCUCGUUUGUAGUCCAGCCGCUUCCCUUCCUGUGACGACACAGCAAAAUAAGCGUCAUAAUGCUCGUCAAAGAUUUUUUAAAAGGCUAUCUUACUUAAUAUGUCAAAAAAUGCAUGAAUCACACAAUAAUAACUAAAAAGAAUUGUAUAUGAAUGUAUUUUAUUAAUAAACAAGAAAUACUGAAUGUUUUA